AUGUCUAUAUUUCUAGCUUUAUACAAUCUCACAACUGAAAAAGGAAAAUUCGAGAAUAGAAUACAGUCCAUUACCAUAGUUGAAGCCACAGAUAAGAGAAAAUUGCCAAAGGUGUUGGUGUCAUUCAGAACAACUGAACAAAGCUCUAUUAUAUGCAAACCAAAACCCGCAUAGGUUCAUUCUUCCCAUGGAUAAGAGACUGUUCUUUGCUCUCCUGGUCUUGCGUUUUCUGUUCGUUUCUUUAAACAGAACUGCUACAGCCUCCACUGAAGAAGCAGAUGCUCUGCUCAAAUGGAAAGCCAGCUUGGAAAACCAAACUCAUAGUUUUCUACCAUCCUGGAGUCAUCUUCCUCCCAGCAAUGCCUCCAGAACAGGAGCGAAUCCAUGCACAUGGUCUGGAUUAUCUUGUGACACUGCUGGAAGGAUCACAGAAAUAAUCCUCCCGGAACUGGGUUUGGAAGGCACGUUCCAUAACUUCUCCUUCCCGCUGUUUCCAAACCUCUUGCAUAUUAAUCUCAGCACGAACAAGCUCUAUGGUACCAUCCCUCCACAGAUCAGUAACCUCUCCAAACUGGUAUUUCUUGAUCUUUCCUUCAAUUUGUUCACUGGGAAAAUCCCAUCAGAAAUUGGCUUGAUAACAAAUCUUGAGGUCCUCCACCUUGCUAAUAAUCGAUUAAAUGCCUCAAUUCCUGGAGAAAUUGGUCAGUUAAGCCGUCUCACUGAUCUUUCUUUGUACAACAACAGUUUUAAUGGUCUUAUUCCAGCUUCUUUGGGAGCUUUGAGCAACCUGGCUAAGCUAGAUUUGUAUCAUAAUCAACUUUCUGGUUCUAUUCCUCCGGAUCUGGGAAAUCUCUCCAACCUUGUUGAGCUGUACUUGAGCGACAAUUCUCUUGCAGGUCCCAUACCAUCCAGUAUUUUUAGAAGCCUUGAAAAGCUAACAACGCUGGACCUGUUCGAUAAUUCAUUAAAUGGUUCUAUACCGCCUGAAAUUGGACUACUAAAAGCACUUGACUCUCUGAGCCUUCACACAAACAACUUUUCGGGUUCCAUGCCAGCAUCAUUAGCUAAUCUGAGCCACCUAACUAUUCUGCAUCUCUAUGACAAUCAUUUUUCUGGUUCCAUUCCUCAAGAAAUAGGAAACAUGAACUUUCUUGUUCGGCUAGAAUUGAGCAGGAAUCAACUCACUGGUUCUGUCCCUGCUUCCAUUGGUAAUUUGAGCAAUUUAAAGACUUUACAUCUUCGAGCGAACCAUCUUUCUGGUUCCAUUCCUCAAGAAAUUGGAAAUUUAUCAAAGUUGGCUGUGCUGCAACUGGAUACAAACAACUUCACUGGCUAUUUGCCUCAACAUAUUUGUCAAGGGGGUUUACUUAGGAACCUUUCUGCGUAUGACAACCACUUCAUAGGUCCAAUUCCCACAAGCUUGAGAAACUGCACAAGCUUGUACAGAGUCCGGCUUCAAGAGAAUCAACUAACUGGGAAUGUAUCAGAAGUUUUUGGCAUCCAUCCAAACCUUUCCCUCAUAGAUCUGAGUAUUAAUAAAUUAUAUGGAGAAAUAUCACUUAACUGGGGAAGAUGCCCAGAAUUACGUACACUGCGGAUUGCAAGCAACAAUAUUACAGGCAGAAUACCAUCUGACUGGGGAACCUCAUCUCAACUAGGUUUAAUUGAUCUUUCUUCAAACCAUUUAGUUGGGGAGAUUCCAAAGGAACUUGGGAAGUUGACUAAUUUGUCACAGCUAUAUUUGAGCAAUAACCAACUUUCUGGCAUGAUACCUCCAGAGUUAGGAUCACUUUCCAAUGUCGAGAGACUAGACCUGUCUGCAAACAAUUUGAGUGGUUCAAUACCAGGAAAACUUGGUGACUGCUCGAGGCUGAUUUGUCUGAACUUGAGCAAUAACAGAUUAAGCGACACAAUACCAUCAUAUAUUUGUAAUUUAGUUCAGCUGCAAAUUCUACUAGAUCUGAGUCAUAACUCACUAACAGGGAAAAUACCAUCACAAAUCAGAAACUUGCAGAGCUUGGAGACGUUGAAUCUGUCACACAACAAGCUUUCAGGUCAGAUUCCGGGGGCUUUUGAAGAAAUGCUUAGCUUGUCAUAUUUAGACAUAUCAAAUAAUGAGUUGCAGGGUCCAAUUCCCAACAGUAAAGCUUUUCAAGAUGCUCCCAUAGAAGCACUACAAGGGAACAGAGGUUUGUGCGGCAAUGUCAGAGGCCUGCAACCUUGCAAUUCCUCAUUUGACCACCAACAAGGCAAGAAGAAGGGUGUCAAACUUCUGUUGUUGGUCAUGCUCCCUAUUUUGGGAGCAGUUUUGCUUUUAUUUGCUUUCAUUGGAAGCUUUUUCAUUUUUCAAAAGAGAAAAAGGAAUGCUCAAUCAGAAUCAAAAGAAAUGGUAAAUGAAGAUCUGCUUCUGGAGGAACAAACUUUUGGUGGAAUAAUGUAUGAUGAAAUAAUUCAAGAAACUAACAAUUUUGAUGCCACACAUUGCAUUGGAGAGGGAAGCCAGGGAAACGUGUACCUGGCGAAGCUGUCAUCAAAUCAUAUGGUUGCUGUGAAGAAACUUCACUCACAAUGCAUUGGAGAGGAGAAAGAUCAAAAAGUCUUUCGAAACGAGAUCAAAGCUUUAACAGAAAUACGACAUCGGAACAUUGUGAAAUUCCAUGGAUUUUGUUCACAUGCAGAACAUAUGCUCUUGGUCUAUGAGUAUAUUGAAAGAGGUAGCUUGGCAAGACUAUUGAGCACGGUGACAGAAGCAACAGAAUUGGACUGGAGUAAGAGGGUAAAUGUCAUUAAAGGUGUGGCAUAUGCUUUGUCAUACAUGCAUCAUGAGUGCUCCCCACCUAUUGUUCACCGAGAUAUAUCAAGCAAGAAUGUUUUGCUUGAUUCCGAAUAUGAGGCUCAUGUUUCUGACUUCGGCACUGCCAAAUUUCUGAAUCCAGACUCAUCGAAUUGGACUGCAGCUGCAGGCACAUAUGGAUACAUGGCACCAGAGGUUGCAUACACUAUGAAGGUCACAGAAAAAUGUGAUGUGUACAGCUUUGGAGUACUAGCAUUGGAAGUGAUAAAAGGAGCUCAUCCUGGAGAUUUCAUUUCUUCAUUAGCGAUGGAUAAAAUAUUGCUGAAUGAGAUGUUGGAUCAACGCCUUUCACCUCCAACAAAUCAAAUUAAGGGGGAUUUGUUAUUCAUCACAAAGCUUGCAAUUGCAUGCUUACAAGUCAAUCCAGCACAUAGGCCAACUAUGCAUGAUGUUUCUCAGGCACUAGCAGCCCGAAUAUCAUCUUCUUAUGAAUAAAUUCACAAAGUCAUGCUAGUGCAACUUGUACAUGUAUAAUUUGUGCAGAAGGCUAUGUUCUUUUUUAUAUUGCUGUACAAGGAAGGCUGUAUUGCCAACUAAGGGUGUGCUUGAAAAAAUUAAGCAUCAAGCAUUUAAUGCUGAAUUCAGUUAA